UGUGCCCCCAAACACCAUAACAAUCGCCGCCGAUAUCGUUGAAGAAGAAACAUGACUUUUUUUUUUUUUGUUCACUGCUCAGCCGCCGGCCCAGAAGAAUAAAGGAUGGUGGAUAUGAUCAUGUGGUUAAUAAUAUUAAUAAGUGGUUUACUUGUUGGAGCUGCACUUGGAUAUUUCAUCAGCACUUUACAACUAACCCGCAGAAUCUUUGUCUCGUCUUCCAAAUCUGUCGCCAUAAAUGCACGACAUAAGAAGACUCAAUCCAAGGAACCUCUUCAGAUAGAGAAACUAGCUGAUUUACGAAAAAAAUUCAAAAUGGUUUUGGUUGUGAGGAAUGAUCUUAAAAUGGGCAAAGGGAAGAUUGCAGCUCAAUGCAGUCAUGCAACUUUAGGUUUAUACAAGAAACUCCUUCAACGGGCACCAAGAGCCUUGAACAGAUGGGAAUAUUGUGCUCAGCCAAAAGUUGUUGUCAAAAUCGAGAGUGAGGCAGAGAUGCUAGUUCUCCAAGAAAGAGCAAAGUCCCUUCAACUACCAACCCAUAUCACCAUUGAUGCCGGAAAAACACAGAUCGCUCCAAAUUCAAGGACAGUAAUGGCUAUUCUUGGACCCGUUGAUAAUGUUGAUGAAGUUACAGGUGGACUAAAGCUUAUGUAACAUAACUCUUGGAUUUGACAAUUACCACAAUGUGGCUGAAGGGAGAGCAUGUUAUUUUUUCGACAUUUCUCGGUGACAAAUCUGUUUUCCCUUCUUCUUAACCAUUUUAUUGGGAAUGGUUUUCGAGUAGAUAACCCAAUUUUUACAUGGAACUGUACACUUGUCUUACUAGAAGAUAAUCAUACGACAAUUGUCUCAAGAGAGAAGACGGAUCCAAUAUAAAUGACAAAGCAACUUCCUGAAAUGAAGUGAUGAAAUGAAGCCACUCGCUGCUUAUUGUAACGAUCCUUUGAAGCGUACUCUACCCAUAUAUCCGUGCCUACCAGUUAACAAAGUGAUUCCAUGUUUCAACGUAAAAGCCUAUUGACUAAACAUUGUAUCGAGAUGCAUGUAUAGUUUCCCCCCCCACACUACAUCGUUAACAGAUAAAAAAAUCCUUUAAGCAAGAAAUUGACCACAUACUGUAUUUCUAAAUUACUUUCCUUUUAAGACUGGAUUUAA